CACUUGCAUGGUUAUUAUGCGACAUGACAAUUUGUGACGUUGACCUAAAUUAUCGCUUUCUGUUUCUUCGGGAAAGAGCCAUACCCGUUACUUCACCUCCAAUUGAAUGACAACUUCAAGGGUAACGAAGAAGCCAUCCAAACGCCUUCAGAGCUAGGGUUUCCUGGGAAUUUCCUUCCGCAUCAAAAUCCACAGCAGCAAGAAGAGAAUCCUCAAGUCCUAACGAUUUCAUCUCUGCAAAUUUAAGUGGAAUUGAUCUAUAUUUUCUGCCAAAAUACUCGAAAAUGAAUUUUUUCAAGACGGCGUUUUUCGAAGCGGAGGAUGCUUCACCGGUGCAAACUACAGAAAAUGCGGACGAGGAAGCUUCGCCGCUGAAAAAUGAAGAGAAUGCGGACCAGGAUGCGACGGAUGGCUGGGAAAAUGAUGAGGAUUCGGCUGCAGAGGAGACUAGUGGGGGAAUUUGGAACUUUGGAGGGCUGGUGAAGGUCCUCACUUCAAAAUCAGAGGAAGUAAUCGAAGCCUAUCGGCGUGAUCUGGACGAGUUUCGCACGGGGCUGAAGAAGGAGACGGAGGCGAUCCGCGAGGUUGCAAGCCGCGCGGUGAAAGAUCUUCCCAAUUCUCUGGAAGCCGGUGCUUCAGUGGCGCAAGAGUCGCUGGAGAGCGUUGGACAGGUCAUUGACGAGUUCGGCAGCACUGUCUGGCGCGGAACCACCGACAUCUUGGCAGAAGGUAAGGAUUUAAUCUCAAAGCUUGAUGAGGAUAAGGAAAAUUCCAGUAAUGAUCAGGUCGAGUCGUCUUCUUCCUCUUCUGUUUAUAGUAAUGUCGGUGUCCAGAAGUACAGUAGGUUUGAGGCUCAGAUUAGAGCCAUGCAGCUUGAUAGCAAUACUUAUUGCCGAGAGCCUGAGGAUGCCGAGGAUUUCGAGGCUUGGAAAGCGGGGUUUAGACUGGAGGAGAAGGCGGAGGAGGUGGAAGUUUUGUGCAGGGAGAAUGUGUUCAUGGAGGAGGUCAAGUUCAGGCUUGUGCCAAAGAUUGUGGAUUACGAGACCUUCUGGACGCGGUACUUUUAUCGGCUGCAUAAGUUGAAACAGGCGGAAGAAGCCAGGGCUGAUCUUGUGAAGAGGGCUAUUAUUUCACCGGAUGAUGAAGAUCUGAGCUGGGAAGUAGAUGAUGAUGAUGAUGAGAUUGAGUUGAAAGAGGAUAUUGGGAUGAACAAUCUAAAAAUUGGCAAGGAUUUGGGAGCCAAGCCAGAGAUUAACGAGGAAGCUGGAGAGAAUUCCGUUCAGCUAUCCCAAUCCGAUCAAAAUUUGGUUGCAAAACAAGAAAUUGCAGAAGAGACGGGAAAGAAGCCAGAUAUUGCAGGACAGAUGGAAAAGAAGCCAGAAAUUGCCCAAAAAGCUGAGCCAGCACUCGAACAUGUUGAAGAAAUGACCGAAGAAGCAGAGUCUAGUGAAAUUGUGGUAGAAAAACCAAGGGAUGAUGAAAUUUUGGGCCAGAAAUUAAAUACCAAGGAAGGAAAUGGUGAGAGUCCAAAGGUCGAUGAUGAAAGUGGUGAUCCGACCUUUUUGGAAGUAAAAACAUACCCUGCAGAAUCUAGCAAAAGUAGUGAGUUUUCUGUUGUUUCUAGCAAACCCUCAUCUUCUCACGAUGAGGAGGACCUUGGCUGGGAUGAGAUUGAAGAUCUCAGCUGCGUUGAUGAAAAGAAAUUGGCUGCGGGAGGAAGCCCCCACAGGGCAGAUAUCCGCAAAAGAAUCAACGCUAUUGAGGAUGACGAGGAUUUAAGCUGGGAUGUUGAUGAUGACGACAUCAAGCCUUGAUCAAUUCAUAGAAUAAUGGUUACAAGUUUAACUUUGUUGUCACAAGGUUUCUAUUGAGGUCCUAUCCUUAUGGUUAAUUGGCUUAUCUCCCAAUUGAUUGUUUUUUAUCCAGUUUGCAAUAUUGCUUCAAAGUAUUUGUAAAUACUAAAUGUACAUUGUCUUCUAUUUAAGUGGGAUUACUUGGAUAUUAGGAGUUGCAGAAUUGUUGCAUAAAUUCCUAAAUCUAGUUUUAGUUGAUUCUUUCAGAUCGUUGGGACAUGCAUUAGAGAGGUGUGACAAGGAAAUGCAAACCCUGACUUUGAUGUAUUCUCAACAGCUUUUACAAAUUGUUAUUCGUAAAAGGUCAUAUGUAAACACAGAUCAUAUUUUAUGUAUGUUCCCUGAAAAGACUCAAUCUGAACUUCAAAUUAUCUUC